AUGUUUAGGGGCCGCAGCGCCUGGUUCUCGCAGAGCGUCCCCCCAGAGAUCCGCUGCCUUUGGGUUGGUGAAGGAGGGGUGAUUGUGAAUUUGGAAGCUGCCGAUUAUCUCUUCAGCAGCGACGCGUCUCACCCGGAUACAAAAAGGAUAUACCAAAGUUUAGACUAUCUGGAGGACCGAGUCACAGUCUUCAUUCCUGCUUUCUUACCGCGAGUAUCGACGUCUGGUCCAACGCCUGAGUCAAAAAGCAUCCAGGAGCAAGAACGCUUAAGAGACAAGAAAGAACUGGAUAAAUGGUACAAAUCUGAAUGGAAUCAACACCAAGGUCCAAGCACAACUGAAACAAGAAAGCUAACCUACAUUCCUCUUCAAGAUUAUCCAUCAAGUAACAUGGUGACAGGUUAUACCUCUGGAAAAGCGAUGAAGAAAUUUCUUGGGGAGAUACGAGAUUUCAUUCCUGGUUGCUCUGGUUAUUUAGCAUACUGGGUUCCAAACCAAACCAAUGUUUUCUCUGAUGUGAAGAUGACAUUAAAGAGGACGUCAUGA